AUGAAGCUACAAUAUUUUCUCGUUGGCCUCGCUCCGUUCCUCCACUCCAGCCUCGCCAACUCGAAACCCGAUUUCGCAACAGCUUGCUAUGGCGAGGUAUUGCCCAACCUACCCGCACCACCAGAAAACAGGACGAUACCUUGGGGGAGUCCAAGGAUUGUGAACGGCAGCACGACGUGUUGUUCAUCGUUGGACGAAGUACGCACAGGUAUAGACGUUGUCGACGCGCAGUUGCUGAAGCUGCUUUUGUACGCGAAGCUACGCGAAGCUACGCGUUUUAAGAGUACACAUGACACGGUGGAUGUGCCGUCGAGGGAUCAGCAGGUUAUCGACAAUGCUAUGGCCAAUGCUACAGCCUUUCAUUUGCCUCAGACGAUCGCGAAGGCGGUUUUUACUGCUAUUAUCAACACCAGCGUGCCGUUUGAGCUUUGUGUGUUUGAUUCAUUCCACUACGACAUGGAGGGCGGCAAAUGCAAGAGGAAAAUACUCUGA